GGCAGUGCCCUGGAGCCCGCAGGAUGGCCGAGAGCAAGGCAGGCGGUGCCGCUGGCCUCUUCGCCAAGCAGGUGCAGAAGAAGCUCAGCAGGGCCCAGGAGAAGGUACUGCAAAAAUUGGGGAAAACUGUAGAAACCAAAGAUGAGCGAUUCGAACAAAAUGCCAGCAACUUCUACCAACAGCAGGCAGAAGGCCACAAGCUAUAUAAGGACCUGAAGAACUUUUUUAGUGCAGUCAAAGUGAUGCAUGAAAGUUCAAAAAGAGUAUCAGAAACCCUGCAGGAGAUCUACAGCAGCGAGUGGGAUGGAUUCGAGGAGCUGAAGGCCAUCGUGGGGAACAAUGACCUCCUGUGGGAAGACUAUGAAGAGAAGCUGGCUGACCAGGCUUUGAGGACCAUGGAAAACUAUGUGGCCCAGUUCAGUGAGAUUAAGGAGAGAAUUGCCAAGAGGGGCCGGAAACUGGUGGACUAUGACAGUGCCAGACACCACCUGGAGGCUGUGCAGAAUGCCAAGAAGAAAGAUGAGGCCAAGACUGCCAAGGCAGAAGAAGAGUUCAACAAAGCCCAGCUUGUGUUUGAAGAUCUGAAUCAGGAACUACUGGAGGAGCUGCCUAUUCUUUAUAAUAGUCGUAUUGGCUGUUACGUGACCAUCUUCCAAAACAUUUCCAACUUGAGGGAUGUAUUCUACAGGGAAAUGAGCAAGCUGAACCACAGUCUCUACGAGGUGAUGAGCAAACUGGAGAAGCAGCAUUCCAACAAGGUCUUUGUGGUGAAGGGACUGUCAAGCGGCAGCAGACGUUCUUUAGCCAUUUCUCCCCCAGUUCGCAUCUCUACAGUCUCCAGCCCCGGGGAUUCACCUUCUAACCCCGUGGCUCUCUCUGUGACCAGUGAGAGAGAGUCUGUGUUAGCAGCCGAAGAAGACUUAGCAUCUGAGGCAGCCCUUGGAGAAAAUGAUUCUGAGAGCAAAGAAUCCUCAAGUGUUGAGGAAACCGAGGAAGACAAGUCUGAAGCAAGCUCUCCUGAGAAGGAAGAGCCACUACCAGCCUUCAGUGGGCCAACUCAAGUCCCAGCCUCUCCAGGCUCUGAGGGGGGCAAGUCCCGGGAGGACGUUUUCCCCUGCUCCCCAGCUCCGUCGCUAGAUGGAGACUUGACCCCUUCAUUGCAGCCUUCACCCUCUCUCCCAGUAGUUCUCCGAACCCGCACCUCAAGUGAAGGAGCCGAACAGCCAAAGAGAGCCUCUAUCCAGAGGAUCUCAGCUCCCCCCAGUCGGCCUCCUCCACCUAGAGCCACUUUAAGCCCCAGGCCCGCCUCAGGGAAUGGACCCGGGAGCCCUCCAGCCACUGGAGAGGGUUCACUUGACAGUCUUAGGGCCUCCUUAGAAGCCUCUCCCAGUCCAGAACCACCUGAGAAGCCGCUGAGAGCUCCUGAGGCCAGAGAAAAAGAAACCCCCGGCUGCCCGAGCCCAGAGCCCUGUGCUUCCCCCGUGAGCACUACCCAGGAUUUCCCAGAACCUGGAGAAGUGAGGACCACAGAAGACAAAGAAGAGGACAGUAAGCUCAUCUCAGUUGACUCUCCUGAGGACCAAAGCCUUCAGCUUCAUGUCUCUUCAGAUCCAGGAGAAAACAUUACCACAGCAUCCAACCCUCCAGAAGAGAUACUUACAAGUGAAAGUGCAGAACUCUGAAGAGAAACUGCCAGGAUACCAACCCUCAUCUCCCCCAGAGACGCUCCUCAAGCAGAAGGUCAAGAGCCAAGGGCAUGAGCCACAUCCACUCCAGGCUCUCAGGCCGUGUGCAUGCUGAUGUCUCUGGAGACCUGGCUUGCUGGAGUUUGAGGACCAAAUCUGAGGGAGGAGGGCCUGGGAGAGGAGGGCAUCACUCACAGGACAUUUCACUUAAGGCUCAAGCAUUGUUAGAAUAAGGCUUUCAUUAAAGCGAGACUGUAAUGACUCUAAAGCAGACACAUUUCUAGGCAUAUACACUUGUCUUACUCGCUCUUAGAGGAGGGGGCAGACAUGUCUGACUUAUUGUUCAUUUGGAAAGACUUUAAGCCAAAAGAAUAUAUACUCAGGUUAUUAAAUAA